GCAACAUCCCGAAUUAAAGAAAACAUGCCUGGAGAAAGAUUUCGCGCGAAGUUUGUUGUCAAAGUUUCCAUUUCGGAGAAAUGAUACUUUUGUUAUUUAUUUACAUAUUUCAGCGAUUUUAAUAACCAUUAGUAUAAGCUUAGAGCUACAACUUAUUAGCAGUAGCAGGCAUUCUGUCUGAUGGGCUACUGCAACGGAAGAUCCUAUGACGCCAUCCCAUUCAAUCUUUGGCCAUAGAAUUCAGAACUAACUGGUGGCGUGGAUUUUGUUGGCUUUUUUAAUGCCUCAAAUAUGAAUGAGUUUGAAAUAGCAAAGAAACUGAGAGAUUGUCUUUUACAACUUGUUGAAGGAAAAGCUACUGAACGAAAAAAACAAGUUGAGAACUUAAAGGUAUACCUUACACACCCUGCCUAUCUUCAGCAUUUGAAUAAAAGUUCCUUAAAGGGAAGAAAUGCUUCUGAAGCUGGAAUUGUGUAUAUAUCUUGGCAAAAAGUUUUUAGCAAAAUAAAAGAUUAUGUAGAACAGGAAUGCCAACGACUUAAAGAUCGAGAAAGGUCUUCAGAAACCCUCUCUGCAACAGUUAGAGAGAAUAUUUGCAAAGAAAGACGGCUAUGCCUGAGUUUGUUUCGCUGUUUUACAAAAGCAUUAACAAUAAGUGAGCAAUAUGAAAUGGCACAUCCAUUGAUGCUUCAUAUUUUAGCUGUCCUACAUGAAUAUUAUACUGAACUUACUUUCCGUAAUGAAUAUUCAAAUGUUCUACUCAAAUGCAUUUUAAAUGAUCCAUUUAUGUGCCUGAAAAUUCCAGCAGAAAAAUUUGAUGAUGCUAUAUGGAUUUAUUGCAAGAUCAUAAAAAAGUUUCCCCGAAGUAAUGAUCGAGGCAUUAGUUCCCAAGUCCUUCAUGAUUUGCUUGCUGUAAGAUAUAAUAUGGGCCAUACAGAUGCUUCUAAAAUACUUAGCUUUUUUACCCAUAUGUUUCAAACCUUGAAGUCAGAAAAAGCAAGUUUAUUUCAUGAAAAUCUGCUUCGAUGUUUAUUGGUAGUAAGUAAGGCUUUGGGAAGUGACUACCAUAUACGCUUAUGUGAGUUAGGAGAAUCUAUUCUUUUGCCUCUAUUGGAUCUAUGGAAAACAAGACCUUCUGAAACAUGCCAGGAAUUAAUGUUAGAGUUCAUCAGCUUGCAGCUCUCUUUACAUCAUCCCAAAGGUGCUGUCAAGCAAGAAAAUGGAGCUCGAGCUGCUGAUUGGCAAACAUGGAAAAAUCACCUUCUACGUCUUUACAAAGUUAUUUUGGUAGAAGUGACUGAGCUGUGUGAAACAAACAAGUAUUCUGCAAGGUAUGAAAGUAAGGAAUCAAUUUUAAAGCCUAUUUUUGUUUUUGUGGCUGUGGAAGUAUGUGCUCAAAUUUUUCCUGGCUCUGUGGACUGUCUUGACAUCACUCAGGCUUCAACAAGUUAUGAAGUAUCACAACCAGCAAAGAAACGAAGAGUUGAAGUUUGCUUUAGAGCACUUACUGAUGAUCUGACAUCAUCAAAAAUUGAGCCAUGGCUUCAAGUUAUAUCUUCCUUUUUGGUAAAUCAUUCAGAUAUUGUGUCUAUGCAAGACGCUGAGCAUCUUUUAGAUAUUCUCAUCGAUAUACAUUUAUCUUGCAAUCAAUUGGAAACAAAACGGUGGCUGCUUACAUGCUGUCAGUCUUUUGUUCAAGCUUUUGGAUCUAAAGAUGCUGGUGAUUGUUCCGAAGGUGGUUUUCAGUGGCAGCGUUUGUGGGAAUUAGCUGUAAAAUCUGUUGCUCUUAUGCAUCAGUGCCAAGAAGCUGGACAUAAGCUGUUAACAGCACUACUGUUCUAUAAACUGGCUGUACCUAAGGCUGAGUUUUACACUCUCUAUGCUCCAGGUUCCAGUAAUCCAGUAACGAGUGCAUCUUUGAGAUCACUGAAAACAUUUUUAGAAAAAUAUCCUGCUUCAUAUACUGCACAUUCCAUGUAUUAUAACAACAGUGUUUCUUCGAUGGGAAAUGGAACUUUUGAAAAUCAAAUUAUGGAGUGGUUAUUUUCAAGGAAAAAUGAUGACAAUUCUCCUUUCCAAGUUCUUUCUAAUGAUGAUAUGCCAACUUUGGAAGCAUUUGCAGAAGUUGCAGCAUUACUUUGCUUGAGGAAUAAUGGAAGUCAUUGCAGUUUAGAAGUUUCUAGUGAAAAAUUGGAAAAAAUUCAGUGGAUCCAGUUAAUGGAGGAGGAAUUAUUGCUCAUAACAUUUGACAUGCCAUUUAACCAUAAUAUGUCUAAUCAAGGGACCACUAGUUUUAAUUCAUCACCUGGACAGUUACUUCAGCCAGUAUGGGAUAAAAUUUUGAAUCGUUUCAUUAGUGCUACUGAAGGCAUAUUUGAAGAGCAAAUCUCUAAUUUUCAGAAUGCAUCAUUAUCAACUUUUUUAAGAUAUGCAUGUCUACUGUUUGAAAUGUUACAAACAUUUUAUUUUCAAGGAAUUAUCAAAGAAGAACAUUUGCAAUCAAAUCAUUUCACAUCAUAUUUGAAAAAAUCUUUACAUGCUUUUAUUGAGAUAUCAAAAAAGCGGGAGAAUAAUUUACUGUCUGAUGAAACAAAUCAAAUCAAAGGCCUUUUACAGCACAUUUUAAUGGUAUUUAAGCAACAUUGUCAACAGACUGUUCCUGUUCAGUACCCAAACAAUUUUAUUGUAACAGUUGCAAAUUCUGUUCCUGUUGAAAUGCUGACUUACCUUUUAUCAUACAGUUUGGAAAAUGUGAAUCACAAUACUUCUACAUUAGAUGUAUCCAAUGACUUUUCUGAGCCAGAGGGCAAUCUCAAUCAUUCCUUGAGAAAAAACAAAUAUGCGUUUGCAGAAGAUGAUCUUGAAGAUGAAGUUGACAGUUUUGUUCCAAGAAUGGAAAAUAAAGAGUCUGUACAAUUGAUGGAUGUGAAAGGCUUGCCAAAUAAUGUCCAACAGCAGUUGGAAUGUUUGGAAAUUCUUGGAGAAUUCAGCAGCUUAAUUGAUAGUGAUACAUAUUUUGAUGAGCUUGCAAGUUUUCCUCAAAAUAUGAUUCAACAGAUGUUAUCCUUUAUAUCUAGAAAUGAUCAAGGAUUCAGAAGGGUAGCUGAUGUGCAUUUGGUUUUAAAGUCUUUAAGAUGUAUACUUUUGAACAAGCAGCUGGCUGAUGAGGUUAUUGAUAAAGUCUUAUCAACUUUAAAACUUAUAUUGAACCAACUGGGUAAGAUGCAAGACUUAUGUCAGGCUGUUCUGGAAUUGUUUCCUUUAUUAUAUCCUCAUAUUUUCAAAGAUAGUUCUAACAUGUCUUCAAAUAGAGUUAGAAGUAAAUUCCACAUGCUUCAUUUGCUGCGUGUCUUAUGCAAAAGAGAGAGUGAACAAAAAGGAUCAAGAUUCACUUCCUGUCUGAUGACGCAGAACUUGCUUGCAAUUAUAAAUAUGGAACCCUCAUCAUUAUGGAGUUCAGAAAGCUCAUCAUCAACAUCACAUGAUAGCUGCAUAGCAACAAAUAGUGAUUCAGUUGCAUAUGCUUUCAUCAAGUUCUUAAAUAGUCCUUUCAUAUCAGUACGGCUCCUUGUUGCCAAAAACAUCAAUGUUUCUGUCACUGGCAUAAUUAUAGAUGACAUUUUUGAAUCAGUGUGCAAUGAAAUUUUUACUUAUUUACAAAGAGAAAAUCAGUCAAGAGCAAGUUCUGAAAACAAUGAAGAAGAAAUUUCAAACAGGAUCAGGACGUUUUUGCAUUUCCUGGGUCAUAUUAUUGUAUAUUUUCCCUGUCUAGAAAUGGAAUCAAUUUACAUGAUGUGUAAACUAGUAAAAAUAAAGAAAGUAGAUGAAUCGCUAGCAGCUAAAGUCGUACAGCAAAUUUCUUCCAUUUUGGGAUAUAGGAGCAUGCGAGAUCUUGUUGAAUCUCAUUUAGUCAAUAUCUUACAUAAAUGGAUAAAAGAUAAAUAUUCUUGGAAAGAGUUCCCUUUUAUAUUGCUAGAUGUGGAAUCUAUUGAGUCAUUUAUCUUAGAUUUUUUCAAGUUUCUGGUACCAGUUUUGUUUUAUUAUGGGGAUAAUGAAUCAAUAUCUGAGUUAUCAAACAAGCUUAAUCUAUCAUUAGCAGAAGUAAUUUAUGCCUGUUAUCCAACCAUUCAAGCUCGAAUAUUAUCUGGUUGUGCUGUUGAUUAUCGACGAAGAGAUGCUUUGAAGUGCAGGAAUUUUCUCAAUAACUAUUUGCCACAAGAACUGCAAGAGAAAGUAUUUCCUGCCAAACUUGAUGAAUUAGUGGUUAGCCUUUUAUCUCUGCUGAAAGAAAAUGGGAAUGCACACUUAAAACUAUGUGAAACACACAUUGAAUGUAUUUCGUGCCAAGAUUUUUGUUCUGCUGUGAAAAAUAUGAUGUCUGAUAUCAGCUGUGAUGGAACAUUUUCUUCUUUCCUUUGUCAGAGAGUGGUAUGAAUAUUUUAAAAA